CUUUUUUCCGUUCCUGGCUUUCGGUUGUCGCGGUUGGUGGACAGUAACGGAGCCAAGAUGCUGCGAAAUCUGCUGGCUCUUCGUCAGAUUGCCCAGAGAACCAUAAGCACUGCUUCACGCAGGCAUUUUGAAAAUAAAGUUCCAGAGGAACAAAAGCUAUUUCAGGAGGAUAAUGGAAUUCCAGUGCAUCUAAAAGGUGGGGUAGCUGAUGCUCUCCUGUAUAGAGCCACCAUGAUUCUUACAGUUGGUGGAACAGCGUAUGCCAUAUAUUAGCUGGCCAUGGCUUCAUUUGCCAAGAAGCAGGAUUGACCUGAGUCAUACCAAUAAUUACUUGGUUCAGUUCCAUUCAGCUCUCUAUGAAUCAGUAGCUUGAUAAAUA